AUGGGGCGUGGAACCCUGAGGCUACGUGGCGAUUUAACCAUAGUAUUUUCGGCCGUGUCUUUUACAGCCUUCGGCUUCGUCCUAAAAUACUGCGGUUGCGAGGCCGAGAGGAUUCUGCGUUUGCAGUUUUUCUUUUGUUUUCAGGAAGGCGAAAUGCCUAAUGAAACGGUAGGUGCCAAGACCGAGAGGAAGUCCUUUCAAUCAGUUAAUGAUCGUGAUUUAUUAGGCACAAACAUUGCCCCUACAUCCCUGUAUUCUUCGGUCGUGGCCUGGGCAGAGGUCGAAUGGAUUCCAAGGGAUGGACCCUUUGCAUUCCUCCUGAAGUGA